AGUGGGGAGCUCAUAUAAGACCCGUAGCCAAACGGUUCUCCCAGUGACCAGUCCCGAGACACGAAAACCCAUCAGCCGAAGCUUCUUUCUCUACUUCAAUUGUUUGGGGAAAAAAAUUUUUUUUUUUACCAUUCUGUACCAUUUCAUGGUACCAAAAUAGGAAUAAUUGAUAACAAAUAAAAACAAAGAAUGGUACCGCUACAAAUUGCUUCGCUUUUCCUGGUGCUGAUCUUUGCCCAUGGAUUGCAUGGACAAAAGCAACAACAGGAAGAUCCUUGUCAAUCGAAGGCAAGAGUUGUUGGUGAUAUUGAAUAUUGUGAUCGUUAUUGGGAAUGCGUGAGUGGACGUCCAGAAUUAUUUGAUUGUCCAAAUGGAUUAGUAUUUGCUGGUAAACAUAGAGGUGUCACGGAGGGUUGUGAUUAUCCAUGGAGGGCAAAUUAUUGUGACGGUAAACGUCAAGCAAAUCCACCAAUAGGCGCCGAUCAUUGUGAUUGGCUCUAUGGUAUAUUUGGCCAUGAAACAUCAUGUACCAGAUAUUGGACAUGUUGGAAUGGCACUGCCACUGAACAACUAUGCAUUGGUGGUCUUCUUUAUAAUGAAAGGGCACGUUCUUGUGAUUGGCCCGAAAAUGUUGAGGGUUGCCAAAAACAUCCACUAUGCAAUGACGAUGCAAAUGGAAAUGUUCCAUUGGGAAAAUCAUGUAAUCGUUAUUGGCAAUGUCAAGGUGGAUAUCCACGUUUACAAAGAUGUCCAGCAAUGUUGGUAUUUGAUAGGCGAUCAUUAAGAUGUGUUGUACCACCAACGGAAGAUUGUGAUGUACCAACAACACCGCCAACACUUGAGGGUGAAUUGGCCGAAGGUGGAAAUGAACAAGAACCAGAAGAAGAAAAUCUCCCACCUGGAAUAGCGUCACUUCCAUCGGGUUCUUUACCCCUUCCCCUUCGACCCCGCAAUAGAAAUUAAUAAUAAUACCUCUCUAUAAUUAUUAUUAUUAUUGAAAAAAUCGUUAUUUCCUAUAGAUGUAAAAAAAUGAAAUCGCAAAUUAUUUUUGAAUUGAAAAACUGAAAUUUCUAAUUUUUAAUAAUAUUGGUAAAUUUCAGUUUUUGAUAUUUUGAUAAAAGUGAAAGAUUUACAUUUUUAAAUGUGAUGAAAGAAUUUUUACAUUUUUUUUAAAAAGUAUUUUCUGUGGAAAUUAUUAUUGUUAAAAAAAGUAUUUUUUUUUCCAAAUAUUUUUAUCAUGAAAAAUGUGAUUUUUUAUAUAAAAAGUAUUUUCUGAAGAAAAUUCUUUUUUACAAAUUUAUUUGAUGAUAAAAUUUAUUACAAACAAAAAAAAAUGUAAGAAUUAUUUUCUUUUUUUUUCGAAAAAAAUGGAAGAUCUGUCACUAUUGUUUUUGAUAAAAUUAAUAAGUUUUGUUAUUUACUUUUUUUUUUGUUAAAAUGUACAAGAGUUUGAGAAUGUAAUAACUUUCUUUAAGAGGAAUGCGAUAAUUAAUUGAAGGUGUUACCUUCGUUUAAUAGCAAUUAAGUAUAUAUAAAUAUUUUUUUUUUUAAAUAGAGUUUUCUAUACGAUUAGAUUUCUCUCGUAUUAUCAACCUUAACAUUCGCUUUUCAUUAUCGCCAAUCGAAAUGUAAAUAUUUCUCUCCAUCUGCUUAUGCGAAGCUGUACGCAAUUCAUAGUCUUUUUUUUAUAUAUAUAAUCAUAUAUGGAAAAUAAAGUGUAAUGCUGUAUAUUUUUUUAAUACCUAA